AUGACAAAAGUUGCAAAACUAACAAAACUCAAGUCAGUGCUGAAGAAAUGGAACACCUUCACCUAUUACAACCACACCAACAAGCACAACCGCUCUAACAUAAGAGCGGUUGUAAACGACGACGAGUCGUGUGUGUCAUCAGAACAAGGCCUUCGCCUCGUGUUUGUUGGAAAGACGAGGCGUAGAUACCUUGUUAACUCUGAUGUUGUUGGACACCCGCUAUUUCAGGAGCUUGUGGACAGGUCUCGCAGGUCGGUCAAGGUAAACGAUGAGGAUGAUACGGUUAAUGUGGCAUGUGAGGUUGUCCUGUUUGAACAUAUGUUGUGGAUGAUUGAAAAUACUGAUCCUCAACCGGAAUCAUUGGAUGAACUCGUGGAUUAUUACAGUUGCUAG